UGCAAAUCCUCCAGAAAGACAAUGUCCAACAAGAUGGGUGGAAUCAAGCGCAAGGAAGCGCCAUCUGCUGCUGGGAAAAGUGAGAAGAAGCAAAAGACCGGCGGAUACAAAUACGAAAAGCCAGCGAAACCAUCUCGUCUCGAGCAAGCUGCCAACGACGAUGGCGAGGACGACGAUGUCGAUACGGGCGCGAUGAACUCCGAGCGAGCGGACAUGGUCAAGAAGCCUAUGAGCAACACCAACGCUAAAUUCAAGCUCGAUACCUCUUCGGCCGAAGCACAUGCGAAACAACGACAACUGGCGAAGGAGCGAAAAGCUGCGAAGCCCAAUGCGGAUGUGGUACACAGGUCGAAGCAGCUGUGGGAGAAGCUCAGGAGAAAAUCGCAUGUACCCAAAGAAGAGCGUGAGGAGCUGUUGACAGAGCUGUUCUCGAUUAUCGACGGCAGAGUGCGGGAUUUCGUCUUCAAGCACGAUUCUGUCAGAGUGGUGCAGUGCGCCAUCAAGUAUGCGAGGCCGGCACAGCUGAAGGGCAUUGUGAAAGAGCUGCAGAACGAUGUGCGCGACUUGGUGGAGUCGCGAUACGGGAAGUUCCUCGUUGCAAAGAUGGUUGUACAAGGUGAUCGCGCGGACAAGGACAUGAUCAUCCCACAAUUCUACGGCAACAUCAAAAGGUUGAUCAACCACCCCGAAGCAUCGUGGAUCUUGGACGACAUUUACCGGCAAGUGGCAACUCCGAAGCAAAAGGCGGUGAUAUUGCGGGAAUGGUACGGAGCAGAGUAUGCUAUCGAGGGAAAGCAGUAUACGAAGAAAGCACCCCCUGCCGAUGUCACGGCGGACCUUGUGAAGAUUUUGGAAGCAAAUCCGGAGAAACGCAAGCCGAUUCUUGGCUACUUGAAGCAGCUUAUUAACAACCUCAUUCAGAAGAAGAUGACUGGCUUCACAAUGCUGCACGAUGCGAUGUUACAGUACUUCUUGGCCCUUCAACCUGGCUCAGAGGAACAGUCUGAGUUCCUUGAAAUCUUACGGAACGAUAUCGAUGCGGAAGAGAAUGAUGGCGGCGGCGACCUUUACCGAAAUCUGGCAUUCACAAAAUCAGGUUCUCGACUUGUGUGCCUUGCUCUCGCACAUGGCUCCGCGAAAGCGAGGAAACAAAUACUGAAAUGCUUCAAAGACCACAUUGAGACAAUGGCCUUCGACGUUCACGCUCGCAUGGUCCUGGUUGCUGGUCUGGAUGUGACAGAUGACACCAAAUUGACCUCACAGACCGUGCUCACAGAACUACUGGGUCUGAAAAACGAAGACACAAAAUCCAAACACGACAGGCUCGAAGCGAUGCUCACAAAUCUCCAUUCCAGGCUACCGAUCCUCUUCCCUCUAGCCGGCACCGCUAAAUGGCUUUGUCAAGCGGGCGAGAAGGAGGCUAUCAAAGAGAUCCAUGCCGUCCGCGCCACAACUUCCAAGAAAGCUCCAUCGCAACGACGAGACGAGCUUCUCAAGACCGUCAGCGAGCCACUACUCGAACUUGUGGCUGAUCGUGCAUCAAACCUCAUCACAUCUUCUUUCGGCACCCAAGCCAUCUCCGAAAUUCUCCUCUCCUGCAAUGCAUCGAACCGAGCCACAGCAGCCGAGGCCGUGGCUGCUCUGGCAGAAGGAGACCCUCAUUCGGAAGACCACAUCGCAAAAGACCCAGCAGUCGGACGCAUGCUGAAGACACUCGUCACAGGCGGAGCUUUCGAUCCAGCGACGAAGACCGUCGUGCUAUCAGAGCCAAGACUUGGCUUCGCAGCUACUUUAUAUCCCCAAAUCAAAGAGCACAUUGUCAGCUGGGCAACCAGCGACUCAUCAUUUGUCGUGGUCGCGCUACUGGAGUCAGAAGAUGUAGAUAAGGAUAUCAAGAAGAAAGUGAGAAAAGCGUUGGAGAAGGGAAAGGAGGAGAUCAAGAAAGCUGCUGAGGCAAGCAGUGAAGGCAAAGUCGAAAAGACCAGUGACGAGGAAGAAGAGACUGGCAAAAACAAGAACAAGAAGCGAAAAGUAGAGCACAAAGGGAAUGCUGGCGCAAGAAUUCUGUUGGAAAAGUUGGGCUAACGUCGUCUACAUGUUGUUCAGAGGUAGACUGAUGAUACCAGUAUUAAAGCAUCGUAUGAACUUCUGGACUCAGGGCCUUUAUGUCCCAGGCAAA